UGGGCGGUCUUCAGUCUUUGCUCCGGACCGAACGCUCGUGUAUUUUGGUUGCGUGGCGAUCUGGGGGGGAACCACAGGGUGUGGUUUUUGCCUUUUGCAGCUGCUGUUGGUUGACUGGUACCGGCAGGUGCAGCCGUUUGCACACCAAGUGGAUUGUGUUGGGUCUACUCCCAGCCAUGUUGAGAGAGGGAGAUUGAACUUGGUUUCUUCUUAGAAAGAGAUGGGAGUUUGUGUGUGUGUGUGUCUGUCUCCCUUUGAAGACAACUUUGUUCAAAGACCUGCUGACUCAGCUGAAGUGAGCCGGCUGCUGCUUGGCUCAAAGCAGCCGAGUUUUGCGAAGCCGAUUUUUCUCUCAGCUCGGAGUCUCCGCGAAUGUGGCGCUGGGCCCGGCGCUGGGCCCUCCUCUUCGGCGCGCUGGUGCUGCACGCUGAAAGCGCCAGGCCAAAGUGCCUCAGCAAGUUGAAGUUUAAUUUGAUGAAGGAUUGCAAGUGGACUCCGAAUGCCACAGGGGCACCCCAGAGGCCCCCGCUGCAAAAGGGCUAUGUGCCUGGAUGUUUCCAAGAGUGUUACGAAGACUUUGAGUUCUUCGAGAAUGUCCAGGACGUGAUUCGAGCAGGUCCACCCAGCGACUCCACCAAGAUGUCCUGCGACACCAGUGAAAGGACUGGAUAUCUUUGCAAAGCCUUUGUGAUCGACUGCGUGAGAGGCGACAAAUCCUUAGGCGAUGGUGACUUCCCCAACUCCUGCAGCUCCGACUCCUUUGGCAAGUCGGACGUGGUGGGCGCCGGCCAUGCGCCCGGAGGAGAAACCUGGGUGGCGCUGUAUGCCUACAGCAACUACGUGGGCACCUCUGCCAAGGGCCCCAACUCGAGCCAACGGAUCCUGGCCGCGCGCGUGAUGUUUCGAGGGAUCGAAGGGGACGAUGCGGGGGUCUCCUACGACGGCAUGUGCGAGGGGACCUUCGAGGUUCAACCAGGCUCCCCCUGCUUCGGCGUGGACGCCGGCGACGGCGCCUUGCACGUGAACGAGCUGCCCGUGGCGCCGCUGCCGCCGCCGCGCGUCGACGGCACGCCGUGGCCGCUGCCGGAGCACGUCCCGACGCCCACGCCGGCGCCGGAGACCACGGCGCCGGAGACGACGGCGAGUCCGGAGACGAAGACGACAGCGCCCACGGAGAAGCCCACGGAGAAGCCGGAUGGCAAGAACGACACCAAACCCGACAACUCCUCUUCCUCCGUGGUCACCGUCUUCCUGUGGAUCGCCGCCCUCUCCGUCCUCGCGGCCAUGGCCUUCGCGGCCUUCUACGUGCACCGGAGCCGCCGCGUCGCCGAAGAGCGGCGCCUGCGGGAGACCGCGGAGUCCUAGGAGACCGUAGCAAGACGCGACGGCGAAGGAAUACGGACGUAGCAAGACGCAAGACGCGGCGUCUGGGCGUGGGAAGGGCGUGGGUGCCCUGGGUGCCCUUCUCGGCGUGAAGACCAACAAAGGAGUAGCAAAAAGCACAG